GACUAGUUUUCUUCCGCCUCUCGCUGCGUCCUCGCCAACUUUAGAAACCAAACGUGAUGCACAUUAACACUUAGUUUUAAAGUUCGUGUGAGAGUCGGGUAUAGUUUGGGUUAGUUUAAUGGUCUCUUUUAGGUUUCUGCUCGUGAAAGUAAGGGGUUAGGGAGUGAACUGUGCCCGUGAGAGUCCUCACAACCGGAACGCGCCCACCCCUAGAAUACGUCAUCAGUGAAGCGAGUGUGCGUGCCUCCUUUUCAAGAGUUGUAGUUGUGAAAGCAGAUAAAACGUUAGCUUACACUUGUGUACCUCGCCAGGCUAAAUUAGCGGGCUAACUAGUUCCCAUAGCUGGAGAAAUCCUCGCUGCCACCCGCCGUCUUUCUUUGGAGAGGAGUCCAUCUUCUAGCGAGAUUAUGGCAGACUUCUCGCUGUCAGAUGCCUUAGGAGAUGAUACUCCAAGCCAGGCUAAGAAAAUAGGCAACACCAACCCUUCUGCUCCUGCCAGCAACCCUCCACCUCCUUCAAACCCAGGAUGGCCUAGUUCAGCUCCUGGAGCCCCCACCCAGCCCUCUGCUCCACUGGAUUACCCUGGUGGAUCAUCUGGCCCAGGGGCACCGGGGCAGUUCCCAUUCCCCUCAGGUCCUGGAGCACCAGGGCAAUACCCAGGACCUCCUUCAGCACCUGGUGGCUUCCCCCCUGGUCCUGGGAUACCUGGACAAUAUCCACCUGCACCAGGAGCUCCAGGUCAAUUUCCAUCCAGUCCUGGAGCUCCUGGGCAGUACCCUGGGCAUUAUCCACCAGAAGGAGCUCCAGGACAACUACCUGGAGGUCCUGUUCCUUACCCAACUGGACCAUUUCCUUCUGGCCCUGGAGCUCCCCCAGGGCCUUAUCCAAAUGUGCCUUUCCCAGGUGGCCAGCCAGGAGGCAAUGGCAUGUAUGGGCCAGGCGGCCCAGGUGCAUUCCCCCCUCCAGCUGGCCCUGGCGCUUUCCCUGCAUUCCCCAGUGGAGGCUUCCCCCCAAUACCACCUGGUUCAUGGGGCCCACCAGCAGGUGGAGGCUUCCCACCUGCCCCUGGCACCUUUGGCCCUGGUCCGGGGCCUAUGGGUCCAUAUGGUGGGCCUGCCGCCCCAGGAGGCACGCUGAUGGUGCCGUACGAUCUCCCCCUUCAUGCUGGAAUAAUGCCGCGACUUUUAAUCACAAUAAUUGGGGAACCCCUUCCCGGUGCAGACAGGUUCAAUGUUGACUUUAUCAGAGGUCCAGACAUAGUCUUUCACUUCAACCCUCGUUUUAAUGAGCAAACAAUCGUUAGAAACUCCAACCUAGGUGGAUACUGGGGGCCUGAGGAGCGGGAAGGAGGGUUUCCAUUUGUUCAGGGACGCCGUUUUGAGCUGAAGAUCCUCGUGGAGGAAGACAUGUUUAAAGUGGCGGUGGACGGCAACCACCUGCUGGAGUACGAGCACAGAGUCGGCGGGCUGGAGGAAGUGACCCUGCUGCGAGUGGUCGGAGACCUCGUCCUCUACAGCGCUGCCCCGAGCAUGAUCUGAACCUGUGGCUAAACCACAUGCUGUACAGGACACCCAAGUCAAAUUUUGCCACUGUAUUUGAAAUCCUUUUUAAAUACUUUGUCGCAUUGCAAAGCGCAGUCGCUGCCCACCUGGCACAUUUAUCACAGAGCAGCCCUGCUCUGUACUCCGUAAUCCUGUUCUCUUUAUUUUAUAGCUGCACCAAUCCAAUUUAUUUUAUCACAUAAAAGAGCUAAAAUGCAUCUAAAACAGGUGUUUUGUUGUUUUGGGGGGGUUUUGCAAAAAAAAAAAAAAAAAAACCCAAAACAAAUUCAUACUUAAAGAAUGAAAAGAUUGUAGGCUAAGUGGAAAGGCGUGACAAGUCCCAAACAUUUCAAAUAUUUUCCAUUGGUAUCUUGUGUUUUGUUUACAUGUAUGUAAAUCAUGGUAAGUCUUCGUAAUGCAUGAGAGUGUGAUGCUGAAAAUCACCUGCUUUUUUCAGUGCUGGCCUGCAAACGAACAGUCGGCCAAUGAUGAAGUUUCUUCAAAUGUAUUUAUACAGAGAACGUGUGCAUCUCCUUUCUUCAGUAGUAUUGCUCUGGGGCUCUCAGACUGGAGGGUCAAGCAAAGAUUAACAAAUUAUGAUUUCAUGUUGAAGUCGAACCCUGAUGGUAAAAAGACGAGGCUCGUAUUGAAGAAAUAUGUGGUAAAGUGGAGGGAUGGGGUCUGUUUGUUGCCAAAGCUGACACUGGUGCACUGAGGUUAUAAAUGAAAGGGGCAACAAACAAGAAAAAUGACUGAUUAAAGAGCAUUGUUCACUCCUCCUGAGCUCCUGACCUGCACUUACAAUAAAUACAGGUUUCCCCACUCACUUUUUUUAAGAUCCAAAUCCAGGGAAACAGUUCCUGUGUUAGCUCAGAUGGUUUAAGUCUGUGUGUUUGACUGAAUUUAUAGAUUGUGCUCCCUGUGGUGCAAGUGCCACAUUCUGAUUUUCAUAGAUUUAAGUACAGUGAUAACACUCAGUACAAAAUAAAAGCAUUUCAACCUUGGACCUUUGA